AUGUCGGGCGAAGCGUGGUUAUACCUGCUCGCCGUCCUCAUAAAUGCCGUCAAUCUCUUCCUGCAGGUCUUCUUCACUAUCAUGUACAGCGAUCUCGAAUGUGACUACAUCAACCCCAUCGACCUCUGCAACCGCCUAAACACGUACAUCGUCCCCGAGGCUGCCGUACAUGCCUUCCUUACCUUCUUAUUCCUUAUCAACGGCUACUGGCUAGCAUUGGUGUUGAAUCUACCUCUCCUGGCAUUCAACGCAAAGAAAAUUGUUGAAAACCAACAUCUCCUAGAUGCGACCGAAAUCUUCCGCAAAUUGAAUGUCCACAAAAAGGAAUCUUUCAUCAAGCUCGGCUUCCACCUCGUUAUGUUCUUCUUCUACCUCUAUAGCAUGAUCGUUGCCCUUAUCCGGGACGAGUCGACAUAG